AUGGAUAACAAAAGCGGCUGUACCUCUGCGGUAGCGGCGCUCAGCAAACUUAUGUACUUGGUGAACGAACGCGGUAUACAGGCAGAUCAAAUCGUUCUCAUAGGCUAUUCAAUAGGAUGUUUCGCCAGCGUCCAUCUAGCGUGCUCCAUUUCACAGCCUCCUGCCGGGAUCGUUCUGCAAUCUCCGCCCACUUCUGUACUGAGAGUGCUGCUGUGGGAAAGGGCUUGCUUCAAGAAGCCUUUUCAGCAACGAUCAUGUUGUGCGGAUCGUUUCUGCACUUAUGACAAGAUAGGAGGCAUUCGUGUUUCCUGUAUUGGUAAUUCAUGGAGAAGACGAUCGAACGGUUCCCAUAACCCAUGGCAAAGCUGUUUGCGAAAAGGCAGUGAAUCGGGUAGGGAAUUUUUUUUUGUGGCGGCUCCGUUAUGGCUAAGGGCUACUCACGACAACGUGGAAAACUGCCGUGAGACGUGGAUCCGCAUAAGAACCUUCAUUAAA